AUGACUUUGGAAGAGAUAAAACAAGCAUUGAAGAAGCAACUUGCUAUUGAGCUCGAUGUACAUUCCCAGGCUACAUAUAUAGAACGCUCCACAUUAUCCAUCGAUGAAAAUACGAUUAUCAGACAUUUGUAUGUGGAUUAG